AUUCAUAAUUUUAAUCAAACAUGGGUACUUGUCUAUUGUUUCUAUUUUUUGGUAUGUAUUUUUUAAAUUUUGCAUUUACUCAAGAUCCUUCUGGUUACAUAGCCUACUGCCCAUGCAUGGGUCGUUUUGGAAAUCAAGCUGACCACUUCCUGGGUGCCAUUGGUUUUGCUAAAGCUUUAAAUCGCACACUCUUAUUGCCUCAUUGGAUUGAAUACCGCUAUGGCCAACAGAAGUCUGUACAAAUUUCAUUUGAUACUUACUUCAAAGUAGAUCCACUUUUAGAAUAUCACAGAGUUCAGUUAAUGAAUGACUUUAUGACUAAAUAUUCAAAUGAUAUUUGGCCUCCAGCAAGUCGAACAUCAUUUUGUUAUAUGCAAAGAGGUGAAUUAGAAGGAUGUAAUGCCAAAACAGGGAAUCCUUUUGAAUCAUUUUGGGAUACAUAUGGCAUUGAUUUUUCAUCAUCUGAAUUUUAUGCCCCUCUAAACUAUGAUGUAUACCAUCAUGAUAUGAUAUCUAAAUGGCACGAAAAGUAUCCAUCAUCUGAAUGGCCAGUAUUGGCAUUUGUUGGUGCUCCAGCAAGUUUUCCAAUACAAAAAGAAAAUGUCGAGAUUCAUAAGUACUUAAAAUGGAAUGAUAGAAUUAGUAACUUAGUUAAUUCUUUUAUAAAUAAUAGAAUUAAGCCUGGAAAAUUUAUUGGUAUUCAUUUGCGCAAUGGUAUUGAUUGGGUCAGGGCUUGUGAACAUAUCUCUAAGAACUCUUUAUUGUUCUCAGCUCCACAAUGCUUAGGUUAUAGAAAUGAAUAUGGAAAAGCCACAGAAGAACUAUGCUAUCCAACAUUUGAAACAGUUGUAAAACAGCUUAAAAGACUUAUUCGAAAAUAUGGCAAUGACAUAAGCACAGUUUUUGUAGCAUCUGAUAAUAAUCAUCUAAUCCCUGAACUAUCACAUGCAUUAUCAAGUUUUAAUUUGAAAACUGUAAAAUACGAUAAAGAUAAUCCGCAUGUAGAUCUUGCAAUAUUAGGCAAAGCAGAUUAUUUUAUUGGCAAUUGUAUAUCUUCAUUCAGUGCUUUUGUUAAACGUGAAAGAGAUUCAAAUAGUCUACCUAGUGAAUUUUGGGCAUUUCCUGUUUAUCAAAAAAAUAAUCAAAAGGAUGAAUUGUGACUUGUGAGCAAAAGGGAUUUUAUUUACAAAAUAAUUUAAGAUUAAAAUACAUUUAUAAAAUAUAAAUUUAUGUAUUCUGUCUGUACU